UUUGUUGUGAAACACGGGCAAAAAAAGCUUUUUGCGCAAAUUGAGAGUUUAAUACGCGCUUUCAUGUAAUUAUUUCGUAUUUGCUGAACAUUAAACAUGCGCUGCUACUAUGAGGAGCUGGGCCUAGGCCGUGACUCAGCCGAGGGUGACAUCAAGACAGCCUAUCGAAAGUUGGCACUGCGUUGGCAUCCAGACAAAAAUCCCGAUUGCUUGGAGGAGGCAAAGGAACGUUUUCAGCUGAUCCAGCAGGCCUACGAGGUGCUCUCCGAUGCCCAGGAGCGCGCUUGGUAUGAUAAUCAUCGCGAGCAAAUCUUGCGUGGCAAGAACUCGGAGUACUCGGAGAAUUGCCUGGAUGUCUUUCAAUAUUUCACUGGCUCCUGCUACAAAGGCUAUGGCAAUGAUGCGCAGGGAUUCUACAGUGUGUACCGGGACGUUUUCAACAAUAUUGCCUCCGAGGAUAUUGAGUUUAUGGAUGGCGAUGAUGAGCUGAGAGCUCCACAGUUUGGCAAUGCGGACAGCAGCUAUGAAGAUGUGGUUGGUCCUUUCUACGCCUACUGGUUGUCGUACAGCACGAAGAAGACAUACGAGUGGCUGUGUCCCUACGAUGUUAGGGACAUCAAGGAGCGCUUCAUACUGCGCAAGGUGGAGAAGGAAAUGAGAAAGAUUGUGCAGAAUGCGCGCAAGGAGCGCAACGAAGAGGUUCGCAACUUGGUGUCCUUUGUGCGGAAGCGAGAUCGCCGUGUGCUGGCCUACAGACGUGUAUUGGAGGAGCGCGCCGAGGCCAAUCGGUUGAAGCAGGAGGAGAAGCGGAAGGAGCAGCUUCGCAAGCGCCAAGAGCAACUGGCUGCGGUCCGUGCCAAUAAAGUCGUCAACGAUGGCUACGAAGAGCAACUUAGGCAGCUGGAGCAGCAGUAUGGCAGUGACUCGGACAUCUACACGGACGAGGAUGACGAGGAGAGCGACGAUGUUGAUGAGGGCUCCAAGACUGCAGAUAGCAAUGAAGAGCAAGACGAAGUCGAAUCCGAGCUGGAGUAUGUGGACGAUCUCUACUGUGUGGCAUGCAACAAGUCCUUCAAGAAUGCCAAGGCACGCGCCAACCACAAGGAGAGCAAGAAGCAUCGCGACAAUGUGGAACGAUUGCGUCAGCAAAUGGAGACGGAGGAGCAGGAAUUCAACGGGCAUAAUGACAGUCUCGAGGCGACAGAGGAAAGUCUGGCCGAUCUCAAUCUCAAUGGCAACCACGAGACGGAUCCAAGUGAUCAACUCGAUCUCGGCAGCGAAGACAGCGCAGAGAAGCAGCCUAAUAAACGAAGCAAGAAGAGCAAAAAGUCGAAGAAGGCAGCGCCAAAAGCUGUGGUCGAAAGCGAGGAUGAGGAGGAGGAGGCAGUUGUCCAGCCUGUCGAGCUGAAUGCGGCAGCAAGCAACACGGAGGACGAGGACGACGACGAUUGGAGCAGGGGCAAAAAGUCAGCGAAAAAGGCAAAAACCAGAAACAAAACAACAACCGGCAAACAAAAGAUCGAAACGGAAGCAAAGCCGCCAACGGAAAACAAAUCCAAGCCAACGGCGGCGACGAUCCGAGAUGAUGAGGCAGCAUCGUGUGGCAUGCAACACACCUGUGUCACCUGCAAACUGGUCUUUGACUCCAAGAACAAACUGUUUGCGCAUCUGAAGAAGACAAACCACGGCGUGUAUAUACCCAAGUCUAAACCGGAAGUGGAGGGGAAACCACCAGGCGGCAAGGGAAAGGGAAGGCGCAAAUGAAGAUUGUCCUGGUUCCUUGUAGAAAUGUUGUAGUUGUUUAUUUAUGUUAAUUUCAAAAUUAAAUUAAGUGCAAAUGCCCGAAAUUGGCCAUUCUAGUUGUGGUUACGGAAUGCAGACGAACUUGCUGCCCGCCUCGACGCGUCUGCGCACACGUGUCCUUAAGUUGGAGGACUCCGCCUUCAGGCUGAUCCCGGCGGCGGCGAAUGUCAACAGAAUGCUCAGCAAGCCGCAAUAAAAGGAGAUUCCUUAAAAACAAACAGA